GAUACUUUGUAUUGUUCAGAUACGUGUUCGAAGAAAUAUUGUAAUACCAGCAGCCCAGCCUGUUCGGUCUCUUCUAUUUCAAUACCUCUCCAAAAUAUUUCGUUCUCGUUAAAUGUAUUUAUUCGGCUGAUUUAUCGUUGAACCCACACUCCUGUUCAAAUUGCCGCCGAUUGCCAUUGACAAUUCGCAAAUUUAGGCGACACGACACGACACGGCGAAUGGCCACAUCUGUCAAAAACAGGGCAAAAGGAAAAGCGCAGCGCUGUGUCUUCCGAAGCAAGAAUUGUAAAAAAUCCAGAGAAUCCGGAUCCAGGACACACAACUGCAGUGGCGCGUGCAUGCCACUCGGAGCCCCGCAUUCCCGGAAUGGCCACGGAGCCGAAGCGAGUGCUCAAGCAGGACGGCUACUUGGAGCUCCCUGACGCUCCUUUCAAGAUGCGCAACAUCUUGUAUCAUCCGCAGCUUAACGUGCUCCUGCUCUUCGACUGCGGCAACCUCGUCAAGGUCCUGGACGCCAACUCCGGUGUGAUUCUGCAGACCUACGUGCUCGGCACCAAUGGCGACCACAUCGUGAAUGGGCGCUAUAUGCCAUUGCAAGAUAAGAUCUUGUUCUGGGAUGGCCAUAACCUUGGACUGCGUGGAGACUACAAUGGCGUCCUCCUGCUGGACACCAUUCUGCAGGCGCCGAUUGGGCAGAGCGACGAAUACAUCAAGCUGGAGAUUAUCCUUUCCGAGGCGAUCAUCUUUCAAAACUGCAUCAUCGAGCUGGAGAGCGAGGGCUUGGAGUGUCCCUGCGACAUUAGCAACGAGCUCACCCUGAAGAUCAACCAGGCGCAGCAGAAUGCCAAGAAAGGCAUCAAGGCCCAGCGGUGGAAUACCAUUUGUCUGGAGGUGACCUACUCGAGCCUCAAGCUGGUGGCCAGCAAUGUUGUCAUCAUGCUGAAGCGUCUGGAGCGCCACAUCCCUGUGCUGGCCAUCGCCUCUGCUAUCAACGAGCGCCUCACCGAAAUGAUGCUGGGGUCUCGCCUGCCGGAUUACUUUAAUUUCAGCAACUUCCAGCGAGUGCUAAUGCACUCGGAGGCACUGCGUCGCCAGACGUUUGAGAAGUGGCCCCACAUGGACUACAAGUGGGCGCUGCCCGAUCAGAUGGCCCAGGCGGGCUUCUACCACCAGCCCUCCUCCUCCGGUGAGGAUCGCGCCAUGUGCUUCACCUGCAACGUGUGUCUCGUCUGUUGGGAGAAGACCGACGAGCCGUGGAGCGAACACGAGAGACACUCACCCCUGUGUCCCUUUGUCAAGGGCGAGUACACGCAGAAUGUGCCACUGUCCAUCACCUACGCCACAAACCCGGCAUUGGCAGCACCCGGACUGGGAUUCGACAUCAUCUCCAACAGUGACUACGCGAAUGUUCUCUGCACCAGUUGCUCACAAACAGGGGACCUGAGUGUGUGGAGCAUCGAACGCCACCUGAAGCUAAUGCACAGCAUCCACGUCCCGACCCUACUUAAGGACGUCUUCGAGGAGAGCUUCGAGUGGGCAAGGGUCACGGCCAUUUGCGUUCUGCCGAAUGCCCGGGCCCGCACAAAGGUCAACUAUGUUUACUCCGCGGCGAAUUACGGUGGCGUAGGCGGGGGCAAUGGAUCUGCUUCCCAUUCAGGCUCGAACGCCGGGUCGGGGGGAAAGUUUGGCAGCGUGAAUGCCCAGCAUAUCACCUCUACCUCAACGCUACGGGCUGGAGUGGUCGGCUCCAAGAUCGUCCUGGGUGUCAGCGUACGCCAGAGCAGCGGCGAAGUGGCUCUGCGCAUGGUGGUGCUAAACAUCGUGGAGGUGGAUCGACACAGUGAGACCUCUGCGACGGUAAGCAAUGACAGCGGCAGCGUCUCGAGUGUUGGGGGCCAGUUAAUGAAGUCCUCGUCACCAAUGGUCACUGCAUCCAGCGAAAGCAGCAACGCGGUCGUCGCCCAGGUAAAUCUCGAGUCCAAGGAUGAUGAUAACAAGGCCAUGACUCCUUACGAGAAAUUCGCCGACGGUUUCGAUAGCAACGGAUUCGUGUCCGCCCUAAUGACCUACAACAAAAACAACGGCGUUAGCCAGAACACCGACGACGCCUCUGUGCUGUACGACUUCGAUCUGUGCACCCUGUCCCAGAUCCUUGAUCAGAAUCUCGAGGACCCCCUCGUCGGCUUAAUGGUCGGGUCGAACACAGUCAAUGUCAGCAAUCUGGGCAUGGGUAACGACAUCGACAAGCUGGUCGACGAUGCGGAGAUAACUCACCAGAACAACAACAAUAAUAAUAACAACAACAACAAUGAGGCCAACUCACUAGGAGGGAGUUCCUCGAAUCAUAACAACCAUAAUAACAACAACAUCAUGAUCAACGGCAGCUCCACCGGCAGCAGCAACAGCGACAAGACGACGGCUACCGAGGAAAUAGACUGCGUGGUGGAGAGCUGGACGAGUGUGAAGCGCAUGAAUGCCCUGGAUGGCGCCAGCAGCGGGGCAAACAGUGUAGCCCAUUCGGUUCAGGAGAUCAUCGAGAUUGCCGAGAUCCUGCCCACGACGCCCAAGUGCAACCAGCUGCUAGUGAAGCUGCUGCGCACCAAGGCGCCGGAAACGGAGGGCAGCAAGAUUAUCAUGGCCACCGUGGCCAAGGAAGAGGAGGAGGAGGAGGAAGAGGACGAGGAUCAGCAGGCGGAUGAGGCAAUGGACCUGGCAGAUAACACCGAGGGCAAUGUGGCAGCCCAGCUCCUGGUGUUCGACUAUGAUGACACUCAGAUAUCGAACGACUACACCUUGGCCAUGACCUUUAGUCGGGCCAAGUGCCCCAAGCAACUGUGCAUCUUGCCGCACUUCAACUCCUCCGCGGAGCAGAAGGACGCCGGCUCCAUUUGCGUGGUGUGUGCCGAUGGCAGUGUCGAGAUAUAUUCCCUCGCUGACUUCCAGGGGACAAUGGUUAUUGAGGAGGAGGGCGAGCAUUUUGAGUCUGUAGUGUACUGCCGGAACCUGGACAGGCUCUGCUGCUGCUCCCGCCAGGGAGGACUCGUGUUUUUCUCGCUUAGCGAGGGUGAGAACGACUCUGGCGACGAGUUGCUGGAAAUGGAGGACGAGUGCAGCACCACGUUAACGCAGGCGGCGGUCGAUCUAAGCGUAACAGAUGGAGCCCGACAAGUGUCUGCCGCGGAUCUCAUGAGCAAAACCCUGCUGGCCAGCGAUUCCAUCUGCGUGGAUGUGGGCAGCGAGGCGGCGGCUUCCUUCGCCGCUGGACAGAGCGCCCAUGUCCAGACUUCUCCCUCAGCGGCCUCGAUGACAGCCAGCAGUGCCAACCUACUCGCCUACAAGGCCGCAGACAUGACCCUUGACGAUUUAAAGCUCUUCUAUGCCCUUACCCAGUUUGACGACAAGCUGACCGUUUACUCAGCAGAGGUGCCCAGCUGCUGGAAUGAUCUCGGCCAGGUGCACAAGCACCGAAAGCAGUCGCAGAACAUGCGGCAUGGCGGCGACGAACGUGACUUCACCCGCACCUGGCGACUGCAUAACGAUGCGACCACCUGGGACGAACAUAUCAUAGAGCUUAACUUGGCCCAGCCCGUGUCAUUGGGCCACAUCGAUCUUAAGUUCACAGUGUAUCAGCAGUGCUCCAAUCCCGCGGGCAUUCAGGUGACGCUCCUCAAGCAGAAUACCAAUGGAUUUGGCUACAGGAUGAAGGGACCUCACGCCAGCUACAAACCGAAUGUAAUCGACGACAACAUUGAUCUCUCCUACAUUGCCAAUGAGAAUCCCGUGCUCAGUGAGGAGUAUCUACUGGCCCACAACGCGGAGGUUUUGGCCGGGCCCAUCGAGCUGUCCUCUUGCAUCGAUUUGUGCGAUCAAGGUGGCACUGCCACCUUGACCUCGCCAAAACUCUUCAAAACGCGCACCCGGAACUUCUUGCUGCACAUCAAGACGGUCUCUGAUCCGUCGAAGGAGGGCCAGAACAAGACGAGGGGCUGCGACUGGCUGCACGAGAUAUCCAUCAGUGUUCGGGCCGUGAAGUCGCACAGUCGGAUCGCCAACAGCCGCAUGCAGCGCAUAGCCAUGCUGGAGAGCAACCAUCUCCUGGAGCAGCUGUUGCGAAUAGCCAGCGAUCCGGGCUCGAGUCCGCUGGCCAAGAACAUGUCGCUCGACGUGCUCAACUGGAUAUGCUUCGUCCGGCUCAAUCGGUUCCGGUCGCCCAAGUCCGAGCGCGUCAAGGACCAGAUCAACAAGCAAACAGCGGCGAAUAUUCAGGACCUGCUGGCACAGCAGUUCGAGUGCAUUUCCCUCGCCGAAAAGCACAUCGAGGCCCUGCUGCGCAACUGCAUCAUCUACAGCGAGCGGAGCACUGCCCACAAGUGUGUAAAGCUGCUGAUCAUGCUGACAGAGGGAGUCACUAAUCUGCCGGCGGAGCUGCAGCAUCACACGACGCUGGAUCACAGCUUUAAGGCGGCCAUAUCCAACACCUUCCACGAGCUGCCGCGGGCGCAGUGCGGCAGCGUGGUUCGGUGGUACAUGAUGCUCACCUGCGCCACCUCCACCGCUGAGUCCCAUAACAGUAUAUCCGAGCAGGCAAUCCACAUGCUGAAGGAGAUCUCCGAUGAGAUAGACAAGCGCUGGGACCCCUAUUGUGCCCUCUUAAGCACGCGCUUUGGCCUCUAUGGCUUUCCCUUUGAGCCGGAGAUCUUUGACUUUGACUUCCCCAAUAUCAAUCGCCACGGGUCAAGCUCCUCGGUGGCCCUGACCAAUGUGAUUCGCAGCAGCGCCACCAUAUUGCCAGUGACUGGGCUGGACAUAAAGCGCCUAAGCUCUAUAGACGGCGUGGACUUCCGCACAUUUCCUUACCUCAUCCGGGGCAAGAGCAUCAGCAACCAGCUGCGCGGAUUAUUGGAGGUGGUACAGCUGCACUUUAACUGUGUGCAGACCUCGGAGGCCACACGGAUCGACAACAUCGACAGUGUGGGCGGCAAUUCCGCCGCCAGCGUUAUCAUUGAGGAUGUCAUGAUGAUGCCGAAGCUGAAAGUGGGCAAGGAAAAGGAUGAGGAGCUGCUCAAUGAUCUGGUCAACGAUGUCGAGUGCCUGGUCGAGGAAAUGAAGGAGAACGAGAGCAAGGUCAACUACGAUGCCCUCGAUGCCUACGGCUUCAAGGAUAAGACAUCAGUCUCCUCGCUGGCCGACCUGGAACACGCCCUGAAGGAGGAGGUCAAGAUCGAGAAGGCAGCUAUCAUGGACAAGCUGAAGAUAGCAAAGUUUCUGCCGAAGCUCUCUUUGUUCCAGAAGAAGAUCAACGACCACAUCUCGUUCGAGGACUUCGGAAAGCCAGAUAACUGGGAGAACGGCACAGCACUGGCCAGUAAUUUGAAGCCAGGACUGAUGGGCAACGAGACUGGUCUGGAGACUCCUCUGGACCAUCACCUUGCCCAGCAGCAGACAACCACGACAGGGGACAGCGCCACAGACGACGCCGCGGAAACUGAAAAGAUCAUGGAGAGCCUGAGCGCCAAUCCCUGUCCUCCGAUUGCCUGGCACAAGCUCAUUACUCCGCCGCCCAAGCAGAUGAUCGUCAUCGAUCGGAUGCACUCGGGGGCGCGGCGCUUCGUUGUGCUGGACUUUUGCCAACACAUCUUGCUCACGGACCUGGUGAUCCCCGCCUGUGAUGAACUCACCUCCCUGACCAUCGACAUUUGGUGCUUUGACGAGGAGACGGACUGCACGCGGCUGGUGCAGGUCAACGACAUUCAAACCAAGACGCUGGUGCUCAGCGACAUUCAGCCGCCGCCCAUUUGCCGCUACCUGAAGCUGAUCAUCAUCGGGCGCAUGGGAAUGUCGUCAACCAAGUGCAAGGUGCCCUUGGGCCGCUUUUUUGGCCAUCCCGUGGUGCUGGAGCACGACAGCUACGGCGACCAGCUGAUGAGGUUCAUCAAGCAGCCAACGCACAGUCUGCAGACGCAGCUGAAGUCCUUGAAUGCGCUGUACGAGGAUGUGCACUGCCGGUACAGUCUGGCCAGCUGCAAGCUGAUGGACAUGCUGACUCCGAUGCGGAAUAGCGAGCUCUCGAACGUGGCCCACCUGCAGGCCUUCAUCAACAAGCAGCGGGACGAGGAGCUGAGCGGCCUGGACAACAACAACAAGGUCGUGUCCCUGUACGACGAGUGCAUGCUGCUGCAGUACCAGAUCAACGUGAUCCGCAAUGUAGUGAUGCGUUUGGAGCGAGCUCUGUCACCCAAUGCCUUGUCCACGCCAUCACCUGAGGCGCCGCCGGCGGAAGAGGUUUUGCGCGCUGCCUCGCGGGAUAAGUUGCGUGUGCUGAGUCUAAGCUUGGUGGAGGUACUGCUGCACUUCUCCAUCGAGUAUGGCAUCAAGAACAUCCUGCCGGUGCACCAGAAAUUUAACGCAGCCACGGCCAAGGCCUUGUUCAACUCGCUCGUGGUGUAUGGAGACGCUCAGCUGCAGCUGGCCACUUGCUCGCUGCUGGUGCGCAUGUGUUGCUUCCAGCCGUGGUGGGGCGACUUCCUCGCGGACACCUUCUGCAGUCUGUUCUCGGCGCAGAAUUGCAAGGCCUUUCCGCAGGACCGCAUUUUCUUCCUACUCACCUAUCUGGGACGUCGCAGCAUCGCCAUGGGCGCCUGCCGCUCCAUAGUGAUCGAUGCUGUGCUCAAGACGCUCGUCAAGCUGCUGGCCCCCAUCUCGCCGCACUACAAGUUCCAGUCUGAGCAGCCGAGCACAUCGGCGAACGCUGCCGAUCGCAAUGGAGCCAUGGGCACCUCAUCUGACAUGCAGCUGAUCACCUGGCUGCUCCUCUUCCUGUCCGUCUGCCUUGAUGACAACGAGCGCAAGGAUAAAUCAGCAGCUCGCUGGGACUUUAUGAGCUGCGAGAGCGACUUUACCAAGACGAGGCCCAGCAACACGCCCAACAGCAAACAGUUGCGGUGCUUCAAGAAGCGAAUUAUCCAGCAGAACAAGUACACCGUGCCGCCGUACACGGAUUGGGGCAAAAAGAUCUUCAUGAUCCAGAAUGAGCAUCCCGGUAUAUUCAUGGAGUUGUCCACCAAGUCAAAGGGUAGUGGUGCCAGCAAGUCAACCUCCACGGCCGGCAAGAUUAACAUUGGAUCCUCUGGCCUAUGUGUGUCCACCGGUAGCUCAACGAGCAGCUCAUCGAAGACAACGGGAGCCUCCACAUCCUCGCCCAAACACCAUGACAUCUCGGGCAGCGAGGCCGAACGCGACAGCAACUUUGACAAAGGACUGAAGACGCUGCGAAUGGCCAAUAUUAAGGUGGUUAUCCGCGGCCUCUUCGCCCUGCUCUUGGAGAUGGAUUUCGACUGUAACAUGGAUCAGUUCCUGCUCACCUGCAAGGUUAUUGCACGGCUCGUGGCCGCUUGCCGACCUUCGGUGCAGCUGUGCAAGGUUGUGACCAGCGCCCAGCUGGAGCAGCUCAUCCGUUUGUCCGUGUGGAACGACCAGCAACAGCCCUGGGCUGUUCAUGCCAUUACGUGUUUGCUCCAGGAUCUCUUAGACGCCGAUAAACUGUUCAGGGACAGCGAUGUCACGCCUACCAACGAUGUCCCGCGCACUAUGGAGGCGUCGAUGCAGGAAACCCGAGAUCUGUUUAGUGACUAUACGUCAACUGCUUCCUCAUGCUCCGAGGCACAAUUUGAGAUGCUGAUGCCGACAGCAAGAGAGUUUUAUCAAGAGGCCGUCAAAUACAAUUACCUUCCCUCGCUGAUCGAGUGCGACGACACUGAGUUCGACGAGAUGCUAAAUGACAUCGACAUGAUCGAGCGCACGAAGCCGGUGACCAGGAAGGAGAGCAAUGCCCUUUGCAAGAACACCUUCAAUUUCUUCUGCAAGUCGAUCUCCAUCGCCCUGGACUCCCGCCUAGACGUGGGCCUGGAGAUGCAUGUGGAGACGCAGCUGAGGAGACUCACGAAUCGCACUUCCCUAGAUCUCUACUCCUCGCUGCCCCAGGUCCUGACCAAUGAGUUUGUCUCUCCGCCGCCAGAGGCGGCUCCGUGGCCGGAGUACCUGACCCAGCUGUGGUCCGGCACCGAAUACAAUGGCCGCAACACCUACGUGAUGUUCAAGAAGGUGUUUGACUCCAUUCUAGCGGAUCUGCACUAUGAGGACACGUGGGUGCACCUGGAGCAGCUGCUGCACAUAUGGCUCACCAUGAACUGUGAGCUGGCGGACAAGUCGUACAGCAGUGGCAUCACUCACACGGAAGUACCAAAGAUCCCGUUCGGGGCGAACGCCGUGCAGGGACUCCUGCUGGCCCUGGCCUGGCACAAUGACAUUAAGCUGCGCACAUGGUGUCUUGGCUUCCAGUGCCUGUUCCUCGCCUGCAACUCUCUGCCGAUUGGCGAGGAUGCUGACUGCACGCGCAUCAACGAGGUCAUCGUAAACGAUGAGAAUUUCGAGAAGAUGCUGCUCCGGUUCUUCUCCGGAUACGGAAUGAGCUCCGCCAUCAUUACCAACCGAUGUGCGGGACCCACAAUAUGCAAGCACCUGCACGAGCUACUGCUCUGGCUGCACAGCAAGAGCGAGACCAGCGGUAUUCCCUGCAAGCGCCGGCUCAAGGACAUACUACUCCACGUUGUUCUGCAGCUCGUGCAGCCAGGUGGCGCCAUCAGCAACCAGCAGGGACCCAUCGAUGCGCAAAACCAGCUCGUUCGCGACCUGCUUAUGAUGCCGAACGACAAGGGCGACCUCAACAUAGCGCUCAAGAUCACCGAAAGUGUUUCUUUCUUGGUGUACAACAACAUCUCCAACGGCGACAAGCUGCAGUGCCAGCGAGGCAACGAGAACAACAAUGCUGGCAACAACUUCAGCAAUCUGUUUGCCAAUGUCCUGGGUUCUGAGAAUCCCACGAAGCAGAAUGCAACCAUAUGCGACAACUCGCUGAUCAUCAAUCUGCUAAAACUAUCCUCGCACAUGGUGUUGACGGAGAUGCCAAGGCAGCCAAGUGAAGUCACCAUUCCAGAGGAGGAGGAGCUCUCCAAUCAAAGUCAGACGGACGAAACCAAGGCGGAGCAGCUAAACACGGAAGGACAUCGCACUAAAGUGCCCUGCAUAGCGGAUUGGGUGCUGCGCCACUUUCCCACGAUGAAGCGGCUCUUUGGAACGCUGUCGCAGUGCUCUACCAACACGUUUACCAUGAUGACCUCCGGCUGCUUCUUUUUGCCAAAGUCGAACAUGGUGCUGGAUGAUCCGCAGACCAUCGCCGAUGCCGUCUUUAGUCUGAUGAUAACUCUCAGCGACAAGGCCUCCAAUCCGCGACUAGUGGUGGCGCCCAUCUGCCAGUAUCUGGAGGAGACCACAAUCCAGAGGAAUGCCACGUUGCCGCGGCUGCCACUUUCGGAGCCCUUCCUGUGGUACAUCUCCAAGGUGCUGGAGGUGACGGCAGCUGUGCAAACGUUCACGCAGCUCGGCGGCAUACAGAUCAUCUGUCACAAUAUGGUGAGGCUCAAUAAGACGAUAAUCAACAUGCAGCCGGGAUUGAUCUCAUUGAUUAUGCAGCACAUGACCCGGAAUACUCGGCUCAAGCUGAACACGCACGCCGCUGGGGGAGCCAGCAGUGCCUGCAAGAAGACCACCGGAACCGGGACUGGAACCGCCGGAGCCACCGGAGCUUCUCAGCCGCCAAGAAGCGGUGCGCAGUAUGAUGGCCUGAUUAAUUUUGCACCCUUCUCGCACAUCGUGUCCGAAAAUGAUGCUGGGCAGAGUGCCGAGGUGCUCAUCUCCAAUCCCAAUGCCACGCACAGAAGGCCACGCACUCCGGCCUGGAGCUACAUGUUUUACCCGAACGAGACGCACGUGGACCUGACCAUAACGCUGCCCACGGCCAUUCUGCUGAAGGAGGUGCAGCUGAUGCCACACACCUCCAGUCUCGCCUCGUGUCCGUCGGCGGUGGCGCUGGAAUUGUCACGGGAUUAUGGCAUUGGCUCCGUUCCAAUAGGAGCUCCCAUGGCCACCACUGGGCUGACCUGCAUCAGGCUAAAGCUCUCCAAGGCAGAGGUGGCCACCAGUAUUGUCCUUAGACUGUACAAGCCCAAGGAUUGCGGCAAUGUCGGUCUCGUGCAGAUCGCCGUUCUUGGCCAGACAAUAUUUGGGAAUCGGAUGCAAGGAUUGCGCUCCCAGGGCCUGUUUAUUGACUCCCUAGCGUCCUGCUCCACACCGUUGCAAACGGCUGCUCUGGCAGCCAUGGACGCGGACGCGAUGCCCGAGGACGAUGCCUUCGCCAAGACGAGCAUUGGCUGGGUUCGCAUUUUGUCACGCUGCUUUCACGUGGCCGCCAUACAGCCGGACAGCAAGCUGGCGGACCUGAUCGCCGCAUAUCCGGCUGCCUAUCCGGGCUUCUUGGAGGCAUGUUGCUCGCUGCUGAACAUCAUGCCCAUGAUCCCCAGCCUGGCGCAGCAGCACCUGGAGACCAUCUUGCUGAAGCUCGGGGCGUACAACCACGAACUUAGCCUGCAGCUGCUGCGGACGCUUCUCUGGCACACCACGCCCCAAGUUUUUAAGCUGUCCAGCGAUGCGGUGUGCGAUCUCAUUCACGAAGUGGUCACGGGCUCCACGGAGCACCUGCUGGACAAGUUGAGCGUGCUCAUCGACUGGGUCAUGCAGCUGCACGACAACUACAGCAAGCAGGCGCGUUGCAACAAUCCGCAGAGCGGUUUCGUCAAGGUAAUAGCCUCCAUUCUGUGGAGGGUGCAGACGCAACAGCAACUCCCCGAGCUGCCCCUCCUGAUCUCGUCAGCCCUAUUCGAGACGUGCUUCGAGUGGAUCUCGUCCCUAGAGCACGAUGAGCCGCUCAAGAGCAGCUUCGACUCGCUGCUCUGCGCGCUGUGCUUCAUCAAGCCGGAGCUGUUCAACCAACUGCUGGUCAAGCUGGGAGUAAAGCUUGAGCCGCCGGCCCGCGGCCAGACCGACGACAGUAAGGUGCAGAGCGGCAGUGCCUGGUUCCGGCGCGAGGGCAGCGAAAAUCUAACAGUUCUGCUGCAGCGUCCCACAUUCCUGAAGACCCUCGCUCUGGCAUGCCAGUCGCCAGCGGCGGUGUAUCAGAUGCUGGACUCUGGACUCCCCAAGCUGUUGGCCCACGCCAUCUACGAAUAUUGCGCCCACCUCUUGCCCGGAUCAGAGACGGUAUCUUCGGCAGCUCCUGCAUCUGCUACUCAAUCUGCUGGCAUCGCUAGCAGCCAGGCUGUUCCCGCGGAUGACGAGGACUCCUCGCUGACGGACUUUGCCAAGGCCGAAGCGCAUGUGGGUCACAAUAUGCCGCUGCUGAGCAGUGCCAAUGUGCCAAAGGUGCUGGAUUUCUUCGCCGAGUGCUGUGCGGAGGGGCCCAUGCGGGAUUGGCUGGGCACCAUGCAGGGCUCCGUGUUCUGGAAGCCUCUGCUGCAGCUGCUCUGUAACACCCAUGCCGCCCAGUUCAGCAAGACGCUGCCCAUGCAGCAGUCUUUCAUCCGCUUGGAGCGGGCGACCAUACAUUUCUUUACGCGAGUCAGUGCCUGUCAUCCAGGCAACCAGGAGGUGCUUACAUCGCUGCUCAUCGGAGCCAUCAUUUGCAAGCCAUUGCAAUCGAGCCUGGGCGUCCGACCCACCAUCUCGGGAUUCACCAGGCAGCUGGUUCUGCAGCUCCUUCUGGAGAACGAGCACAUCACCGUCUCAGUGAGGAGUCAGCAGCCCUUGCAGCGGAGAGACACGCUCUCGGCCAUCAUGGGGGGCUCCUCGAGCGUUGGGGCCAGCACUAGUUUGCCUGUGGCGGCUGUCAACAAUCAUCCGGCCAAGCGGAGCAGCGCACACCACAUGCUUUUCACGGUAACCACUAGCACCACGUGCCAGGAGAUUAUGCAGAACUGCGUUAGCGUGUUUAGUAACCUAGUUUACCAACAACCAACAGAUCAGCGAGUUGGCGAGGCAGCGAUCUCGGCCUCCGCUUCUGGCAGUAUAGCCGCCAGUGCGACUGCAAAGUCCGGCGAUGGCAAGCUCGAGAAGAACAACUUCAUGAACUUCAACAACGUGGAGGCGGGUAGCUUGGAGUUCCUCACCGUCGGAGCCGCGGUGGCUGCCAAGGAUAAGCGCAUCAAGGAUGCGAAGAACCAGGCGGCCGUGAACAAGGACAAGGAGACCCAGACCAGCGCCAUGAACUUGGCUUCCAAUAUAUUCAACGUGGAGGAGUUCUUGCUGCAAACGGCAAGUGCUGCCAACGGCAAUCAACUAGUUGUUCCGGAGUAUCCCGACAUUCUGUUGGCCGGCGAUGCGACCGUGUCGCAGGUUCUCGCCACCCUUCAGGACGCUGGGCACUCGCUAUCUACGCCUUGCAUUACGCUUAACCUGGUGCCUCAGCAGAGGGCUGAUGAAGUCGGCGAUGCGAAAAAAACCAAGGCCGUUUGCGCGCAGCCGCUACCGUCUCCCUUGCAGCGGUUCUCUAGCAGCGGCGGGCUGUCGUUGCUGGCCCACUACCUUCCCACCGUCUACCCUGAGCACUCGGGUCGCAAGACCACUUCAGUGGUCACUGAGAAGGAGAAGAGUCCGCCGCUGUCCGACUGGGUGAAGCUGGAGCCGAACGAUGAAAUCUACGAGGACCUGGAGGACACCAUCUGCGAGCCGGCAGCCAAACAGACGACGGUCAGCUCUGUGCCUCAGCACUCGUUGGCGGCAUUUGGACUCUUCCUCCGCCUGCCCGCCUACUCGGAUGUUUUGUUGCGGGACAAGCUGCGGGCGCAGUGCCUUCUCCGUUUGGUCUUGGGCGUUACGGGCGACGGCGAGGGCAAUGACAUCUACAGCCUGUCGCUGGCGCCUUCGCUGCCCACACUGCCCUUCGAGGUUUUCCGCCAGCUGCUGGACAGCGUGCCACUGUCUACCGACGACGGGGUACUGCUCCGCCGCGUGGUCAUCGAGGUGGGAGCCAUGCACUUGGUGCUCAAUUGCCUGGGCAUCUUCUCACACCAGUCGCACAACAGCCGGAUCGGGGCGCCGAUUAAUGAGCCGUCGCCAAGUGGGGCAAGUAGUGGCAGCAACGGCAAUGUAAGUGGUAGUGGUAGUGGAAGCGGAAGUGGAAACGCUAGUGUCAGCGGCGCCAAGGGAAACGCUGCGGAGGAGGCCCUGCCCAGUACCACGUCGGAUGACAAGAGCCAUAUGUACUGGGCCAAAGGCACGGGCUUUGGCACCGGAUCCACCACCCAGUCCUGGAAUGUGGAGCAGGCGCUGCUCCGACAGAAGAGCGAGGAGGAGCACGUGACAGUGUUGCUGCUCGUCUUGGCCAGCUACAUCAAUCCCGGAGAUUGCAUACCCAGUGAGAUGUGCGGGGAGGACAUCCUCGCCUAUCACGACGUUCGAGAUGUGACUGGCGAGCUGCCGCCCAUCUUCCAGACCCUGCUGCAGCAGUCUUGCCUUAUCCCUGCCCUCAGCUCCUACCUGCGCAAUGAUUCCGUGCUAGACAUCACACGCCACAUUCCUCUCUACCGUGCCAUACUCAAGCUUCUGCGCGCUCUAUCGCUGUCCAAGAUGCUCGUCUCGCUGCUCCAGCCAGCGCUCACUGGCAGUGGAGGGAGCACACCGCCCAUCGCGGAGCUGCUCACGAACAUGAAGACCUGUGUGGAUACCUACGCCAAGCGGCUAAAAGUCAACAAGAAGUCGAACAUCAAGGGCCAGACGCACCAGUUGACAUUCAACAUCGAUGACGGCGACGACGAGGGACUCGCUCUGCUCAUCCCGGACAUCCAGGAGACCAGUGUGCUCGUGCAAAGGACAACGGAUGCAGACGCUCUGAUAAACAUGCUGCACACCAACGACGAUGGCAGCGGGCAGCCGGAGCCACUGAGCAAGUCCAUUGAGGAACGCUACCUGGAGCUGAUGAAGAAGCGCCAGUUCGACACGUACGACAUGAUCGUGGAGUCGGACAACAAUAGUUUCCGCUUCGUAGUCGCUCACCACUUCGAGAAGAUGGUACGGCUCGCCGGCGAUCGCUACCAUCCGUCGCGAGUCAAGCGGCUCGCCCAGGAGGCUGUGACACUGUCCACCAGUCUGCCACUUAGUUUCAGUAGCUCGGUAUUUGUGCGCUGUGAUACGGACAGAUUGGACAUUAUGAAGGUACUCAUCACCGGGCCGGCGGACACGCCGUAUGCCAACGGGUGCUUUGAGUUCGAUGUCUUCUUUCCGCCAGACUAUCCCAACCUGCCCAUGCUCAUUAAUCUGGAGACUACGGGUCGCCAUUCGGUGCGCUUUAAUCCCAAUUUAUACAACGACGGAAAGGUGUGUCUCUCGGUGCUCAACACCUGGCACGGCCGGCCCGAGGAGAAGUGGAAUGCGCAAACUUCCAGUUUCCUGCAGGUUCUCGUCUCCAUCCAGUCCUUGAUAUUGGUUCCCGAGCCGUACUUCAACGAGCCCGGCUUCGAGAGGAGCCGGGGCACUCCGAGUGGCACCAACUCGUCGCGGGAGUACAACAGCAAUAUAUACCAGGCCUGCGUGCGCUGGGCUAUGCUAGAGCAGAUUCGCAAUCCUAGUCCCUGCUUCAGAGAUGUUAUUCAUAAGCACUUUUGGCUGAAGCGUGAGGAGAUCUGCGCCCAGAUCGAAGGCUGGAUCGAGGAGUUGAGUAAGCCGCAGUACACGGAGCGGGCAAGUCGCACCAUCUCCUUUAACUCGAUGGUGCUGCGCCGGCACUAUCGUCACCUGCGUGAGGAGUUGGCCAAGUUGAAACCUCCGCGGGGCCUCGAAGAUUUGGAUGCACCCUUCAAUCCGGUAGCCACCUUGCCGCCGAUGGACGUUUCUGCACCGCCUGCAGCGGCGACAGCCAAUCAAACCAACACCCAAGUGGGAUCGGAUGAGGUGAUGGUGCCGGACCUGAACCUACUCAACGAGACGGCGGACGAUGCCGAUGCCGAUCCCGAUGCUGACGCCGAGCCCGAAGCCGAUGGCGACACUACACCGCCUUACUUGUUCCAAAAGGAGGAAGGACUGCUAAUGACUGGCGAGGAAGAGGUCGUGGAAAUUCUGAGCGAUACGGAGAACGAGAGCAGUAGUGUGUGGCAAGAGAAGGAGGAGGAGGAGGAGGAUACCCCGUGAAUCCUGCCGAAGAAAAAGAUGGGAGAAGCUAUAGAUGAUACUGCAUUUCCCAAGCUCGAACCCGCCACCUCGCCGGCCCAGACACCUUUAAUAUUUAUAUGCUAUAAGCUUUGUUUUACGCCUUUACUUGUGUCAUUUUUUGUAAGAGUGAGAUCGCAACAGAACUUGGUGUGCUUUACUUAAUGGACCCGGCGACACAUCUACACUCCCAGAGAAAAAAUUAACGCAUUGCCAGAAACUUUCCAUUAAAAAAGAAACAAAAAUAACAUGAAUAUAACCCAAUUCAUACGCGAUUGUAUGAGAUACUGUA